AUGAUCCUGGGGGAUGCAAACCUUGAUGGUCACUCGCUGAUCUCUGCAGAUCGAGCUGCUCUUACAAGCACAAUAGGAGACGUAGAGCCUGAACAAGGCCAAGUGGAACAGGCCCCGGCGCAGGACUCAGUGGCAGCUGGCCCAAGCGAAGGUGGGAUAAACGCUGACCUCCGGCGGCAGCUGGGCCUCAUCCUGCAGACGGCUGGCAGGAGCCAGGUGGAGAAGAUGCUGCGGGAGCUGGUGAAGGAGCAGAGCCAAGACAGCAAGCGCAGGCCUCGGAAGAAGGCACUCAGGAGCCCCAAAGAUGAAGUUGCCGAUGGGAACGAAGAGGAACCACAGGCAGAGAAUGACAGCUCAGAGAAGGUGGAGCCACCAGGUUCCCCACUGAGGACAUCUGAGGGCCCAGAUGAGGACGACACCAGCGGCUGCCAGGGCCAGCUCAGCUCAGAGGUGCGGCAGCUGCCACAGAUGCUGAGUGUACAUCUAAAGGAGGGGAAGACAUCCAGAAAGCUAAAAGACCAGCCUGCAGCCUCUGCUGCAGCAGAAAGGCCAGGGGUCUGUGUUGAGUGUGGGAAGAAGAACUUGGGUGGUAACGGGCGAGGCCACAACGUGCCCACGCCGGAAAGACCGCAUCAGUGUGCAGAGUGCGGACGGUGCUUCCGGCAGCGCUCCAUCUUGGCCAAACACCAAAAGAUCCACACAGGUGAGAAACCCUACCUGUGCACAGCGUGCGGCAAACGGUUCAACCGCAGCUCCAACCUGGCGCAACAUCAGCGCGUGCACACGGGCGAGCGCCCCUUCCCCUGCGCCUCCUGCGGCAAGGCCUUCACCCAGAAAUCGGACCUGGAGCGGCACCAGCGGGUGCACACGGGGGAGCGGCCUUAUGCCUGCCAAGACUGUGGUAAGCGCUUCUCAGUCAGCUCCCACCUCGACCGGCACAGGCGCACACACCAACACAGUCACCAGGAGGAGCCCCCCGCCGCCACCCCAGCCCCGUCUGCCCACCGCUGCACCGAUUGCGGAAAAUGUUUUAGUCAGCGCUCGGCGCUCUCCAAGCACCGUAAGACUCAUUCUGGGGAGCGUCCUUACCCGUGCAGUGCCUGUGGCAAGCGGUUCAGUCGCAGCUCCAAUUUGGCACAGCAUCAGCGCAUUCACACUGGCGAGCGCCCCUUUCCCUGCAGCGACUGUGGCAAACGGUUCAUCCAACGCUCCGACCUGGAACGCCACCAGCGGGUGCACACCGGCGAGCGCCCCUACACCUGUGUGCAGUGCGGCCGGGGUUUCUCAGUGAGUUCUCAUCUCGACCGGCACCAGAGAGUCCACCAGGCUCAGGCCGCUGCCGCUGCCGCACACCGCUGCCCCGAGCACGUGAAGGGCUUCCUCCUCAGCAGUGGGGGCAAGCAGCUUCUCAAACACCAGCUCUACGGCAGCAAGGGGCGUCUGACACGCAGCGGCCACUGCUUGGACUGCGGCAAGAGCCUGGGCAAAGUCUCGCCACAGUCGCCAGUGCCUCCAGUCGAGAAGCCCUUCAAGUGCGAGGAUUGUGGGAAGGCUUUCGCCCAGCGCUCGGCCUUGGUCAAGCACCAGCGCAUCCACACGGGGGAGAAGCCGUUCUCCUGCACGGACUGUGGCAAGGCCUUCAUCCAGAAGUCGGACUUGACCAUCCACCGGCGCAUGCACACCGGCGAGAAGCCCUACCGCUGCGAUGCCUGCGGCAAGUGCUUCAGCGUCAGCUCCAACCUGCUCACCCACCAGCGCACCCACUUGGGUGAGAAGCCCUACGCCUGCGGGGACUGCGGCAAGGCCUUCAUCCAGCGCUCGGAGCUCACCAUCCACCAGCGCACCCACACCGGGGAGAAGCCCUACAAGUGCGGCACCUGCGGCAAAUGCUUCAGCCGUAGCUCCCACCUCAACCGCCACCAGCGCACCCACAGCAACGAGAAGGCCUCUGCUGGCACUGGCAUGGCUCCUGCCUCACUGGUGACUGCUGGCACCCCCAAGCCUGCCACGCCUCUCUCCGCCUUCUCUGCUUCUUACACCUCACCCAGCCCUCUUCCGACCUUGCCGUCCUUCCCCUCCUCUCCAUCGUCCCUCCCCAUCCCUUCUUUGGACCUGCCCUGGCCUCUCUCCUUUCCAUCCCGGGGCUUUUCCCAUCCGUCUUUCCCUUCUCCUCCUCCAGGCGGUGCUCAGACUUCAUCCCUCAUAAACUAG